AUGGAAGAAGUUAAAGUUGAAAUCAUUUCUAGAGAAAACAUUAAACCUUCUUCUCCCACACCCUCUCACCUAAAAAUCUUCAAACACUCUUUUUUAGAUCAACUUAUUCCUUUUCCUCAUGCAAUAAUCGUCCUAUUCUACACCUCACAAAAUCUCUCUGACUUUCCCAAGAGAUUAGAGUUGCUUAAACAAUCAUUAUCUGAAACACUAACACAAUUCUACCCUCUUGCUGGAAAGAUCAAAGAUGAUUUGUCCAUUGAUUGCAAUGAUGAAGGUGCUAACUUUGUAGUAGCCAAAGUGAAUUGUCCUAUCACAAAGUUUCUAGAGAAGCCUGAUUUGAAUUUACUGAACAAGUUUUUUCGAACUACUCCAUACUUCGCAGAAACAAAGAUAGGAGAUCAUGUGACUAAUAUUCAAGUUAAUGUAUUUGAUUGUGGUGGAAUUGCAAUUGGAUUUUGCAUUUCUCAUAAGAUCACUGAUGGUGAUUCACUUGACACUUUUCUGAAGGUGUGGACAGAAAGAGCCGGUUGCAACCCCAAUUCAGAACUUUUGACAGAACCAAACUUUGCUACAAGUUCGUUGUUUCCUACAAGUACUUUACAUUUCAGAGAUUUGUCAAGGAAAAUAUUGAGUUCCUUUUUUAAGAAAGGAAAAUGGGUCACAAGGAGGUUUUUGUUCAAAAAUUCAGCUAUUGCCACCCUCAAGGCUCAAAUAGUGGCAGAAUCUUCAUCCGACCCAUUGAAGAAUCAUCCUAAUACUCCUUCACGUGUUCAGAUAGUUUCUGCCUUGUUGUGGAAGUAUUUCAUGGCUGCGUCGAAGGAUCAAUUCGGAACUCGAAGGCCUUCUUUACUGAUUAACACGGUGAACCUUCGCCGAAGAAUGGCAGAGUCACUACAUCCUGAGAAUUCUAUAGGUAAUUUUCUGUGGUUCACAAUUUCAGAACACAUGAAUGAGCAUGAGUUGAAUUUGAGUGAGUUGGUGAAUAAAGUGAAGAAGUCAAUUGAAGAAAUUGAUAAGGAUUUUGUUGCAAGGUUGCUAAGUGAGGAAGAAGGGAGUUCAAUCAUAAAAAAUGCUCUUAGGAAAAUUAGUGGUGAAACAUGGGCUAAUAAUAAGGGUGAUGGGGCAUUGGAAGGAUUAAGUAUUAAUAGUUGGUGUAACUUUGGAUACUAUAAUGCUGAUUUUGGAUGGGGAAAACCUAUGUGGGUGAGUAGUGUUGGUAUACAAGGUAAUUCAGUGUUAACUGAUAAGGUAAUCUUGGUUGAUACUAAGUUCAAAGAUGGUAUAGAAGCUUGGGUUACCUUGGAUGAGGACAAAAUGAAGUAUUUGGUGUCAAGCACUGAAUUACUCACUUAUGCAACUCUUGAUCCAAGUCCUUUGGCAGUGUCUAACUCAAGCUUGCAGGCUUGAAUUGAUUCAUUCUCUUCUUUAUCAUUAGCCAUUAAAUAAAAUGUGGUAUAUAUACAUAUAUAGG